AUGGCACCCAAUUCUGACUUGUGCGAAUCGUCCAAGCUUGAAGAUGACCUCUCCUUCUCUGUCAUCGACCGUAUAACCGACACCAUUCGGGCUGAGAAGGAGGCCAUGAUCAGCCAAGAGGAUCGCGAUGCCAUCGUUCAAGACCUCUACGAAGGCCCCAAGAAGUGCCAAUGCUGCAUCAACUGGAUGACCGAAUGCCCUCAUGGGGUGGAUCUGGCCGCUCUCGAGAAAGAUGAAAGUGACGACGACGAGUCCAACCCGAUCAUCGUGAGACGCCGCGUCACUCCCGGAAAGGCAGGCAGUCUCGUCACGAUCCAUUCUAUCGACAUACGCCACGCAGCGACUCGCAAAGUCCUCAUUGAUGUCUUCCAGCCUUACGACGGCAUCGUUCACUAUCUCAAAUACCUUGCUUUCCUGGCGCCUUUUCAUCAGUUCUUCUGGCGCUGGGAGGCAUUCGAGAAGGCUAUUGCCGAUGAGGAGGACGAACAGGUCAAGAAGAUCUUGAUCAUUCUGAGAUCCAUCGUCAAACGCGAGCUCGCAGGGGCCUUUGCGGUCAGCAAGGAGCUCAUCAGCCACGGCAUGGUUACGUACGACUACCUCUGGACUCUCUUCCCUCCAGGCGAGCUUGUCUACUCGGAUUGGCGCGUCGACCGUGACCGUUUGUUUGUUGUUCAAGGACAUGGAACCAACCGCAUGGACCCGAACAAACUCGAACUCUGGCUCAACUACGUCAAUUACAACAGCGACGAUUUUGGAGUAGCCGUCCAGAGCGAGUCCAUUCCCCGCUUCAGAGGCACACGACCCAUCAACGAGCUGGGUCUUUACCCUGCAAAGUAUCACGAUGACUUCGAUGGUGUACAGAAGCGUCUGAUUGAAAGGGGCCGCAGAUUCGCCAGUCUUGCUGGGAAGCACUACAAGGCCUAUCGCCCUGAUCGAUUUGAUGACUCGGGUGCAGAAAUUCGAGUCAUGAUUGAUACGGACUACGAUAGAUGUCCUGGUGGGAGCUGCGCUGCGUUUGGAAAUCGGGACGACAACUCAGUCUUCCUCCAACGGACACAGCUGAUAGUACAGGGGCCUAUUGAUGCACCGCCAGCAAAGGGCCAUGUACCUCUUCGGCGCGAGCGCAGCGGAGAUGAGAAUGACUCUUUCUACAGUGGUGAAGAACAUGUUCCACCUCCUCGAAGGCGUCCCGCCCCCUUCACACCACUCUUUCCAACGCCUCCGUUCGACCCACGUGCAACCGCUGGUUUCCAACACAGGCCACCUUCGUUUUCACCGACGUCAUCAUCAUCUUCAGAUCCACUAUUCCCACCACGACCAGAUAUAACAGAGGAUGACUCAGACGCGAGUCGCCCUCCUCCUUUAGGUCGCUUUGAAAUAGAAAGUUUCAGGAUCAACAGGGCUCGAAAUCGACUCACUGACUUCCGACUGUCACUGUGCGUUCCUCGUGUACUGGGAUUCAAUCUCAAGGAGAAAACAUGGGAAAACUUUGAAGUUGACCGGAUCCAUGACAUCGAGUGGAACACGAAGCCAUUCGAGAGCCUGGUACUUCCUGAUGGGUAUAAGGAGCUAAUCCUUGCAUUUGUGGAGAGCCAAGUCAAAGACAACGAUAACUUUGACGAUGUCAUCAACGGCAAAGGCGGUGGCCUCGUUGCUUUGCUUGCUGGUGCUCCUGGAGUUGGCAAAACUCUUACUGCUGAAUCAGUCGCGGAAAAGAUAAAGGCUCCACUCUUCAAGAUGGAACUGGGCGAAUACAAUGAGGACGAUCCUGAUCAUUACGAUACGCCGCGCCACCCGGCUCGUCGGCCUGGUGGGAGAAGUGUAGCUGUUGGGGUCCAGCACAGAAGAGGGGACAUCGCCGGAGCAUUCGAGCUUGCUGCGAGAUGGGGUGCUGUCCUCCUUAUUGACGAGUGCGACGCUUACCUGGAGCAGCGCAGUGACAGCUCGUCUCAGCGAAACAGUUUGGUCGCUCGAUUCUUGAGAGAGCUGGAGUACUACCCCUCGCUCCUAUUCCUUACGACCAAUCGCGAGAAGUCCUUGGACCCGGCUGUCCAUUCUCGUGUCCAUCUGACAAUCAACUAUCCAGCUCUUGAUGAGCCGUCCAGGCAGAAGGUCUGGAUGACCUUCCUCGAGAAGUCUGGGUCUAAGCUUUCUGACGAGAAGCUAAUGGCUCUCUCUUACAUUGAAAUUGAUGGUCGGAAGAUCCGCAACAUUGUCAAGACCGCCGGUAUUGUGGCAAGAAGGGAUAGCCGUUCUAUUAGAUUUGAUGACCUCAAGAAGGUCAUGAAGAUUACGGAAGGCAUCGAGCUUAAGGAACCUGGCCAUUGA